UCCUGCGGGUGUGAUCGCCGUGGCUCUGCUUUGUAUGGAAGUGCUGGGGGACUUUUGACAGCGGCAGCGCUGAGGGGAAACAAACAAGGACGCGGUCGGCGGGUCGGCGGCUCUUCUUCACCCUCCUCCUCCUCCUCGCUCCUCUCCCGAUCUGGCACCGAAGACUCCCGGGGACAUGGCGGCUUCGGAUCGGGCUGUUUAUGGGAAGUCUGAUGAUUGAAGGUGGCGGCCGCUUGCUCCGCCACGGCAAUGGUCGACAUGGAGAGCCACUACCAUCCCCCUUCUCCCCUGGAGGACUCGGUGCUGGGAAGCCCCCUGUGCACCGAUGACGACUUCAUGGAAGGCAUGGAGGAGCUCCAGGACAUCUCCCAGUCCAUUGACAACGAUGCCCUCAGCUCCUUCGAUGUCCCUGAAUACCAGUCCUCCAGCAAUGGCUCGGAAGGGUCCACUCUCCUAGAUGCCCUGACGCCGGCGUCCAGCCCCUCGUCGGUUGUUUACGGGAUGUCAGUGGGCCAAGAGGAGUUCUCGUCUACCUCCUCAUCGCUCAGUCUGGAGUGUCGAGUGUGUGCUGACCGCGCCUCGGGCUACCACUACGGAGUCCACGCCUGCGAGGGCUGCAAGGGCUUUUUCCGGCGGACCAUCCGUCUGAAGCUGGAGUACGACAAGUGUGAGCGCCGCUGCAAGAUCCAAAAGAAGAACCGCAACAAGUGCCAAUACUGCCGCUUCCAGAAGUGCCUGUCAGUGGGCAUGUCCCACAAUGCCAUCCGUUUUGGUCGAAUGCCUCAGUCGGAGAAGCUGAAGCUGAAGGCGGAGAUGGUGACAGGGGACAGAGAGGUGGGAGACCCUCAGGUCGCUGACCAGAAGACCCUGGCCAGGCAGAUUUACGAGGCCUACCUCAAGAACUUCAACAUGAACAAGGCCAAGGCUCGAACCAUUCUCACCGGAAAGACCAGCACGCCUCCGUUCGUCAUCCAUGACAUGGAGACCUUCCAGCUGGCCGAGCAGACGCUGGUGGCCAAGAUGGUCGGCUCUGUGGGAUCGGUAAAGGACAGGGAGGCAGAGGUUCGGAUUUUCCACUGCUGCCAGUGCACGUCGGUGGAGACCGUCACGGAGCUCACAGAGUUUGCAAAGUCCGUCCCUGGGUUCUCAAGCUUGGACCUCAACGAUCAGGUGACUCUUUUGAAAUACGGAGUGUACGAGGCUCUCUUCGCCAUGCUGGCCUCCAGCAUGAACAAGGACGGCCUCCUGGUGGCGUACGGCUCAGGCUUCAUCACGCGGGAAUUCCUCAAGAGCCUGCGGCGACCGGUCAGCGACAUGAUGGAGCCAAAGUUCCAGUUUGCCAUGAAGUUCAACGGGCUGGAGCUGGACGACAGUGACCUGGCUCUGUUUGUGGCUGUGAUCAUCUGCUGUGGAGACCGACCGGGCCUGGUGAAUGUGGAGCACAUCGAGCAGAUGCAGGAAAGCAUUGUGCAGGUGCUGCAGCUCCACCUGCUGUCCAAUCACCCAGAUGACACUUUCCUCUUCCCCAGGCUGCUGCAGAAACUCGCCGACCUCCGGCAGCUCGUCACUGAGCACGCACAGCUAGUGCAGGAGAUCAAAAAGACAGAGGACACGUCGCUGCACCCGCUCCUGCAGGAGAUCUACAGAGACAUGUACUGAAGUUUGUGGAGGAGUAAUCCAGGAGAGGCACUUUGCAAACCAUCUCCUUUUUUUUCAGGGACAGAAGAAGAAGUCCUCCAUAAGCUAGGGUUGAACCACUUACACCUUCCUAAUGCAGCAGGAGUUAGUUUUGGUCAGCACAAGAGCUCCUGUCCAGGUCCAAGCGAGAAGUCUUGAACUCUCUUGGUUUGGCACAGUGCUCUCCACUCCCAGGCAGAACAGCUGUGAUGUCCGGCUGAUCGAGCCCCUGUCUAGACACCGGUGUAUCCAACCUCUGACCAAAACUCUAAACUAAAAUCUUUAACGAGAUCUCCAUGGUCAUAUCCCCACCUUGAACCGUAAGAGAUUACAGAGGGUGAACUUGAAAGCAGCCGCUCUAGUAGUAUGUUUGAAAGUAGAUUUAUAUACUGAUGUCAAAGAGCCAUAAACCUUCACAGUGAACAGCACCCGAAUGACACGUGUGGCAGAAGCAACAUAAAAACAGAGAUGAGACAGUUUUCAGUCAAGGCAGCUCCUGAUAAAUUUACUACAAAUCAUUAUGGUCAUAUACAGACACACAGAUUUCAAGAGUAUUGUCAUGAUAAUACAAGAAUUCUCAGUAUUAGGAGAAUAAAUAAGUCAUGACUUUGGAGAAAUAAGCAGCAAAGAGACCCCGCCCUCGCUGUAGUUCCACGAAACCUCUUUGAAUAUGAUGCAGAUGUAACUAACAAAUGAUAGCCUCAAUCGACCACUACCAAACGUUUCCUCCUUCACAAAAGACGCAACUUCCUCCAAGUCCGUCUGGUUCUUUCUUCAGAAUAAAAACAAUGACUUGCUCAACACCAAAUCCUGAUACUUAUGGUAAUGUGGUGCUGAUGACCCUUCUAGCGUGUCACAGCCUGAAAUGAUGACUUAAUUCUCAUAAUAUUAUGACUCUAUUCUUGAAAUCUCAGAUUUUUUAUUUCCUUUAAGUGGCCCUAACAAUGCAUCGAACAAAUUUGCUACUGGUGAAGGAUGGUUAUCCAAUCACAAGCCUUCCAGCAAGUUUUUAUAGCCAGAGACACAACUGUCACCAGGCUCCUGAAAAUAAACAUGUAUUAGUACUUUAAGUCCUCAAAGCCAUACUUUGUUUAUAACGAUGGUGGAAAUGACCCUCGUUCUUCGUAUUGUUUUCUUCUUGUAACAACACAGCCUCACGACUCAGUCCGGAUUAUCCUCACUUACACUUCAAUAACCACAAACUGAUCACGCAAUAGUAUUUUUACACUUUAGAAUAGAGAAGCAGAUCUUACAAGUUCAUGAAGACAAAAGGUUUUGCAGACUGAAAUGACCACAGGUGCAGAUUCACUGUGCACAAGUACCAUGGUGCAAAUCUGAAGCACAAAUACACCUGGGAUGUGUCAAUGUAAUAUUUUUUACUGGACCUCUGUUCCCUGCCUGUUUGGCAAAACACACGCACAGACGUUUGGCACGCCAUCCUGUUCUGUGUCCUGGUAUUCAAGGGCUAACACCGAGAUCAACCGCAUUACAACCUUAAUACUGGCAGGGCGGAUUUACAGAGAAUUAAUUCAUCUGUUUCUUAUUUUCUCAUUUGUUAAAGUCCUGUUCCACAAAAUUACAUCUCAAUAUUAUUAUUUUCGUCUCACUCCUCUCUCUCCUUCCACUGUGUUUGACUGGCUGUGUUUGGUUUUACCUGAUGGCAAAUGCAAAGCGUUCUUCUUUUCUCCUCAGAGGAGAAGAAUGAUAGUAUGCUGAAGUUUUUCAUCAUCAGAAAAGAGUCAUUUUGGGUGAGAAAUGUUCUGUUUUGGUCAUUUACGGCAAACAGUCAAACCAAAAGACAAACAUGUGGCCAUCUGCUCUUAUUCGACUCAGAGAGUAAGAUGAAGCCAGCCAGACGACAUGGGUUAUUUUUCAGAAUAAGACAAGUAUAAAAACUGUACUGUAAAGAUGGAUGGACCAAAUACAUUUCCAUAUGGUAUCAUUUAGAUGUUUUUUUUGUGUCCAUCUGUUCUGAUGAACUGUGCAUUUGAAAAGGCCACUCCUCUAUGUUGUCAUGUCGCAUUUUGUGAAAAAAAACAAGUGAAUAAGUUGAAAAUGCUCUAGAGAUGACUUUCACUAAAGGAAUGUUGAUGGUGGAAAACAUGCAUGUGUAAUCGUUCGAAUAAUAUAGAGUAUAUGUGGACCUGUGAGCGAAUGCUCUCCCCUUCUCCUCAUCUGCUUCUUAUCCAACCAAAAUAUCCUUAUAUCACCAUGAAUUGAUUUUAAAUUCAGUCACGAGAAACAGAGCUUGUUUAUAAUCGCUGUGAACUGUAAAUAGCUGAAACGAUCACGCCGACCCCUCGCCCUCAGCUUUUUAACCCUUGAGGUAUACAAGGUACUUAUGAUGAUCAACUUUUGUAUCCCUCAGUUAGGUAUAAAUACUUUUAAAUGUUUUUAAAAAAUUUACUAUAAGUGUAGUCACGUACUGUAUUGUUUAUUCGCUUAAAUGCCACAUUAAUUGUGAUUUUGAUGAUUGAAUUGGAUCAUAUUUUUAUACUAAAGUAAAAAUGUACUGUAUAUGUCUAAAUCAGAUUAUUGUUUAUUUGAGACGGCACGGUUUGAAGCGUGCGGUGUAAAUAGAUUUGAGGGUGAUAGGGCGACUGGUAAUCUGAAUACCCACAGAUCUGAAUCCCAUUGGGGGACAUUCCUAUUAAUUAAUCGUUGAUUUCUGGAUAAAUGCAUUCAGUUCAUUUCAGCUGCACUUCAUUUAUCUGUUCAAUUUAGCGCUUAUGAGAGAAAAUGAAAGCACACAGGGAUGUGCACGGCCUCAUGUGCUCACGACUGAUUAAAACUUGACCCCUGAAUAAGACAUUUAUUUUUUGAAAGGUCAAAAUACGACUCCGCACUGAUCACACAAUACUAGUCUCCUCCUUUUAUACUCAGGUUGCAUUAAAAUACAAAUGGGGUGAUUGAGAUAUGCACAGAAUUUCCUUGUUAUCAGAAAUUCUCCAUAGUUGCCUCUUCGUAUUAAACAAACCUGUAUUUUGUGCUCACGCAUCUCUGUUGGUCAAACAGAGAAAGUGAAGCGCUCACAGUUUGCCAUCACAUGUUAUUACAGACGAUGCAGUAAUGAAAAUGUAGUAUAUUGUUGUUUUAUAAUUCUCCUUUUGCCACACUUUUUUUUUCUUUUUCUGACUCUUCUCCCAUCACAAGCUGCUAUAAUGUAUGAACUCGCGUUAACACUUCUUAAGCCAUGAGUAGAUUAAAGACACUUCAAAGUCCUUCUUACUUUACAUAUAUAUAUAUAUAUAUUUUCUCAGAAUGUCAGUCCCACUUGCAGAUUUCAACGAACGCAGCUUGGUUUAUAACUCCCCUCGCACACUCCAGCGGAUUUGGGAAUGUACUUGGGGAUUAACCACAAACAACCUGUGCCUUAACGCGUGUGCCCAUGCCAUACAACACUAGAGAUUCAGAAAACAAACACAAAAAGACUUGACUCGUGCACACACACACUUUUAGAAAACUGUUUGUAAACUGUUGAGAUUCAGCGACACGGUACGGGGGGCACACCUACAGGAAAUGAUGUCAUGGCAGAUUUUAAGAGAAUAUCCUCCACAGUGAAAUCGAAGCUCAAAAGUGAAACUGAAUCUUUGUUUUACAGUAACAAUGAAGGAUUUGCUUUAACGAAUGGUCAGACUUACAGAGGUAAAAGGUUUAAACCAAUAAUGGUUGAAACACUAGAGCCAGGCCCUUGUGGAGAAGUGGUGUAAAUGUGUGAUGUCUGCUUACCCUUAGGAAUGUCUGUUUUGUGUUGAAAUGACAAGGGACGUUGUUUUUUUAAACUUGUAUCAGGGAAACCUAGUCUUCCUUUGUUGAACUAGCUCAGGACAUAGAAAAGGUACUGUUCUUCCUUCUCUAGCUCUCUCGCUUAUUCUCUCUGAGAUAAGUUUCUAAUGCUCUGCCUUACAGCACAAACACCCACAAUAGUGAUUAAUUUGACUUUAUUUUUAUUUCUCCAAAACAGACUGAAAAUAAAUAAAUAAAUGAGUUACCGCAGGGGCAGCAGUCAUAAGAAUUAGAUGUUUGAUUUGAUUUUUCAUUAGAUUUCUCCUGAAUUUCUUGGAGUUUGUUUUUGUGGCUAUAGUGUCAUGCAAAGAGAAAACGGAGACUGUCUAUGGAUGUGUUGUUAAUGUGUACUGUGGCUUGGUAACAAUACUGUAAAUGUUUGAUGAAUGUAUAUCUAGUCAUUUAAACAAUGAAACAAGUUGUCAUUGACCGGGUGUCAAAAUAAAAUGAUUUUGAAAUUCA